ACGCCCCCCUUUUCAUUAAGGUCAAUGGUCUCCGUCACCAACAACAUCCACAACAACAAAAUUAAUUUGCUGAAUUUAGGCGAUUUUGCCCAUUCUGAACCGAAACUACGAGUUUCAGAUCAGAUAAAGAAAUUUGAUGACUCACUCCUGAAGCCUACCGGGUCAAACUAUGAGUCAUGCAGAAGGCACAAAGCAAGCAAAGAAAAACAAUAAAGAAUGGUGGGCUGCUUUUGGAAUUAUAGUCUUAUUCACUCUGCUUACAAGACUCCACAAAAUUGCAGAACCAGAACAUGUCUGCUGGGACGAGACGCAUUUUGGAAAAAUGGGGAGUUGGUACAUCAACAGAACUUUCUUCUUUGACGUUCACCCACCUUUGGGAAAAAUGCUAAUUGGACUGUCAGGAUACCUGACGGGAUAUGACGGUCGAUUUGCUUUUGAAAAGCCAGGAGACGUUUAUGAGAAUGUGAAUUACCUGGGCAUGAGAUUUUUCUGUACUUUGAUGGGAGCAAUGACUGUGCCUUUUUCAUUUUUGAUAGUUUACGAACUGACUGAAUCUCUUGAAGCGUCUGUGUUGGCGUCCGCCCUAUUUUUACUAGAUGUAGGGCUGGUUACUUUAAACCAAUACAUUUUACUUGAUCCGAUUUUGCUAUUUUUCGUCAUGGGUUCUGUCUUGGGAAUGGUGAAAGUAGCUUCAAAAUCUAUAAAGGAAUUUUCAUUUGUAUGGUGGUUCUGGCUUGUCUGGACAGGAGUUAUGCUGGCUGGCUCUAUAAGUGUUAAGUUUGUCGGACUCUUUGUUGUUUUGCUCGUAGGUCUUCAUACAAUUUGUGAUCUGUGGGAAAUUCUUGGCAACACAACCAAACCACUCAAAUACUUGGCCCAGCAUUUUUUUGCUAGAGCGUCGUGUCUGAUUGGCAUUCCGAUUUUUCUCUAUGUCUGCUUUUUCUACAUUCACCUCAAAGUUCUCAAUCAUUCUGGAAACGGCGAUGGAUUUUACAGCUCAGCGUUUCAGUCGCAGCUCAUUGGAAAUUCUUUGCACAACGCAAGCAUGCCGAGAGAGGUUGCGUAUGGAGCGGUUGUUUCCCUGAAAAACCAUCGAACGGGCGGCGGCUACCUCCAUUCUCACUGGCAUCUUUAUCCUGAAGGUGUUGGCGCUCGACAGCAGCAAAUUACUGCAUACACGCACAAAGACGACAACAACAAGUGGGUCAUUAGACCCAUCACAGAAGAAACGGAUGCAAGCCAAAUAAAUUUGCUCAAACACGGCAAUUAUGUUCGAUUGGAGCAUUUGGUCACUAGACGCAAUUUGCACUCUCACAAAGAGCCUGCGCCGAUGACUCGGAAACACUUGCAAGUGACAGGAUAUGGAGAAAAUGGCACUGGGGAUGCUAAUGAUGUCUGGGUCGUUCAUAUUGACAGUGGAGUAAAAAAUCAAGUUGUGCAAACAGUUACAAGUAAAUUUAGACUGAUCCACCACUUGCAAAAGUGUGUCUUGACAACCUCAGGAAAGCAGUUGCCAAAAUGGGGUUUUGAGCAACAGGAAGUUUCGUGCAACCCAAAUUUUAGAGACAAAAGUGCCUUGUGGAAUAUUGAAGACAACUAUUCUCCAAAAUUGCCAAAUGUGACGGUCCAGGUGUACGCACCCAGUUUCUUUGAACGGUUCUUGGAGUCACACGCUGUAAUGCUUCAAGGCAACGCGGGUCUCAAGCCGAAGGAGGGGGAAGUCACAUCUAAGCCAUGGCAGUGGCCUAUCAAUUACAAGGGCCAAUUUUUCUCUGGCAACCAAUACCGAAUCUACCUAUUAGGCAACCCAGUAAUUUGGUGGGGAAAUUUGGUCGUCUUGGCCACAUUCUGCAUUUUGUACCUGUGGCAGUUAUUGAAAAGUCAGAGGUCUCUGGAAACUACAAGUCACGAGGAACAAAAAUUACUGCCUUGCUCCUGGCUUUUCAUCGGCUGGGCGCUCCACUAUGUGCCAUUCUGGGUUAUGGGAAGAGUGCUUUAUUUUCAUCAUUACUUCCCUGCCCUGAUGUUCAACUCGAUGCUCUCUGGUGUUGUAUUGAGUUACAUACUUGACGUAAUAAAAAACCAGUUGGCUGGGAAACUGGCGUUUGUGGUCCGCCAUACUAUUCUGGCAUUUCUCGCCUCAUCUCUCAUUUACAGUUUCUACCUAUUUGCACCAUUGGCUUAUGGCAUGUCUGGGCCUUUUGGCAAUGACCCCAACAGCACAAUGAGUUAUCUGCGCUGGCUGGAAUCCUGGGAAAUUUAAUGGAACUAGUGAAUCUCUGUUUUAAUUUAAUAUUUAUUUCAAAUUGCCGAGCAGUAUUUUUAUAUAAAUAAUCAUGAGCUUUUACUACAUUGUAUUUUACUAAUCUCAGAAAAGACUGUAUUAUAACUAUAUUUUGUUUAAAAGAUCGAUGUUUUGUUGGCGGUUGGGGCUGGGUUGGGGUAUUUAAUUUAUAAAAAUAGAUCUAAAUUUC